CAGCCUGCGGAGAAACCCCACAGCAAGGAAGCACGAGCCAGCCGAUAGCAUCGCUGGACUGAGUUAGCUAAGCUGCCCCUCACCUCGCUAACUGCGCGGCGGGGCGCUGAAAUUAGCAGUAGUUGAAGGAGCCUCGCCGGGAUAACACCGCGGUUUGGAGACCAGUGGUGGUCCAGGACGUCUACAAGGAUGGUGGCAACUGAGUGAUCAACGCUGGCGAGCAGCCAGCACUGGCAUCAUAAAAUGCUGGGACUUCAGGAAACAAAAUCUGCUGGAACUCCUCCCAGUAAAAUAUACAGCUGUGUGGCAUGCUCUGCCACUUUUAAAGGUUUAUCAUCUCUCUUGGUACAUCAGGCUUCUCAUGCCAGUGAAAUCUCUGACCAGAGAGUGGCUUCGUUGCCUUCUUGCAGUCACUGUGGCAGCUUAUUUGCAAAUCCAGAACUUCUUCAAAAGCAUCACUGCAUAAUAUUACCCCCUCUUGUCACUCAAGAUGUGAAUGUGUGUGAUCGCGGGGAAGAGUUUCAUGAACUUGGUGUCAUACAGAAGCAUAAAAGCGUACAUGAAAUACAGGUGAAGUCACAAUCGGAAGAGACAAGUAAUGAAACUUUGGAAUUUGUCGAAAAUUCUGAACUUACACAGAUGGACUGUAGCCAGCCUGUCCCAGAUGAAGUUCCCUCUAAUGAGAGUUUGGCUUCUCAUUGCACUGAUGAGUCACUUCAGAACACACGGACUGCUUCAGAGGAGUGCCUAUCUACUUCAGAUUCUCCUUCUGUCAAUAGUGCCGUAUCACAGGUACAUCAUGAUGAAAGGACAGAGCCAUCCUCCCCUCUGGCAUUUACAGAAGCACAAGACCAGUCCUUAGGGAAUAAAAUCGAGAAUUUAACAUCUGAGAAUACAUGCGUUUCUGACCAUGAGGAAACACCAAAUGAAAAUCAAGAAUCAAGUAAUAAAAAACCAUUGCUAAAAAUGCUUACAUUUUACCUGAAUAGUAGACAGUCAACCCAGAAGCACUGGGAGCGAAGCAAGAGGACCCUACCCACGUGGAAAGCUUCAACAAGGGCACCAGUGCAGGCUCCAGCAGUAAUGUCAGCAUCAAGCUCUGGAUGUUUUAAUAAUGUUAGAGAAGGUGGCUCUAAAUAUGGCAUUGAUGGAGUGGGAUUUGGACAGUCAGGCAACUUGCUUAAUGUCAAGCCUAUUGAGGGAAAAAAAAAGAGCAAGAUCAUAUCUACGACUAAGACUCUGUAUCCAGUUGUUGCAAUUGAAGCCUGUCAACAGCUUCUUAAGGAAAACCUUGAGGGGAGGCAUCAGUGCGGUCUCUGUCGGAGAGUUUUUCAAGACAUGGACAGCUUGAUAAUGCAUCAUGCCUUGCACAAGAAAGAAAGAGUCAAAUUUUGCUGCCGUUGCCGACAGUAUGUGAUAAGUGUCAUUUCCGUUCCACUUAACCACAUCUGUGGUAGCUCUAAUGUUGGAUUUUCCAAACAAAUUUCAUUGCCAACAUCAAACAGUCCUACAACGCAGCACUCUCGGAAGUUAUUCCAUUGUACAAAGUGCAAUCGGAGCUAUACACGGAGACACAGACUUAACAGACACAAUUGUCAGUGGAUGGCCCUUUUUAAGAGCUCUGGCGUUGACAAGAUCAGCAAUUUUGAGGAAGGUUCUAAUGCAGAAAAACAACUCGUGUCAGGACGUCAGGAUUCAUCAUGCCAGGUAAAUGUUGAUGUGAACACGGGGGGCCUUAAACUGGUAAAGACUGAGGAGCAUAAUACUGAUUCUUUGUUGGAGGGAAAGUAUCAGACAGGGUUAUUGGCAAAACGCUUCUCUCGAAAUGCUGAUGCUACAGCUGCCCAAGAUAAAAUGAGUCGAGGAAGGAACACUGCAAAAGGUGAAUUGUUAAGAGGGAGCCAGUGUACUGUGCCUUUGGAUGAUGCUGAAAUACAUGUGAUGGAUGUUAAUGAAGAAAAACCUGAUGCUUUGGUGGAGGCACCCAAGGACAGCUCUGAUGGGAUGGUUGUCUCAGAACCCACCAUAAAGUGGCCAACCAGUUCAACCCUGUCCAAUAAAGAUUUUCAGGUGCACAUUUCUGCUACUGGUAUAAGACGUUUUUCAUGUAAUAGAUGUGAAAGAAGCUAUUCCCGACGUUUCACCCUGAAGCGGCACCUUGAGAUUUGUGGAGCAAGAAAAUUAAUGGAGCAGCAUUCUUCUGGAAAGGCUAAUAUCAUUGCACUAAAGAAAAAAUUUCCAUGUCCCUAUUGUGGAAUGUCAUUUACCCACAAAGACCGAAUGAACAUGCAUCAAAAGAGGUGUCAGUCAAUGAGAAGUGCAGGCACUCUGGAGAAGAAUAACCAAGCCUCCCAGGAAAACAUAUUUGUGUUGUCCCAAGUUUCUAAGAACCAAGUCAGACAUAAGAGCAGUGAUAAUAAUUCUGAGAUUAUGUCAUUACCAUCUGUGCUUCCUAGAAAAGUGACUUGUGAGUGUGGUGCUGCUUUCACUUGCCCUAGGCUUUUGUUUGAGCAUCUGCGGUUGCAUACGAUGGAGUCCUACAUCUGUUCCCAUUGCGGUGAGAAUUGGCAAUCUUGGGCUGAAUUUCAAGCUCACCAAAAAUUUCAUGCACAAACAUCUGGACAGAAAAAUGAGCAGAAAGUGUCGCAACCUCAGCUUCAGCAGGAACCACGUUUUCAAACGGCUACACAAAAUCAGAAAAAACAGCCUCAAGAUCUGUUGAAAUCGCAUUUAAAACACAGACUUGUGUGCCACAAAUGUAAAAAGGUCUUUGGAGCACGCAAGUCUUUGCUGAGACACCUGAGGUUUAUUUGCAGAGGAGAUAUUGCAGGUCAAAACAAGCACUCUUGUUCUCGCUGUGGUAUGACAUUCCAAAGUCCAUUAGCCCACAAGGUUCACAUUCAGGGCAACACUUGUACACCACCUUUCAAACCUGUCCGCUGCCCAGUGUGUGUCCGAUGGUUCAGUUGCAUGGAUGGACUCAAAAGACACUUGGUCUCACACAGCCAACAAAAGGUUUUGACGUGCCGGAUCUGCCAGCAUAAGUGCUCAAGCCACGAAGACCUUGAGGAGCAUAAAAGGAGGGUCCAUGGCACAAAGGAAGCUGCUGAGGCACCUACUAUUCAGUCUGCCCAUGUUUCACAAAGCAACCCAUCAAAUGCCUUUCCGUACCAGAUAUGUCCCCACAGUUACUCAAAACUCCAAUCCCUGAAGGAUCAUCAAAGAAAAGUCCAUCGACCGCAAGGUCUAAACCCAGGCAGUGUUGGUGUUUUUGAGACCAAAGCUGGUGGACUUCAGUCAUCAAAAGGAACUCUACAGCAAAGCCAUUCCAAUCCGUUUCAGUGUCGCAUCUGUUCAAGGAGCUGCCCUGACCUGAGGUCCUUGAAAAACCAUAGAAGGCGAGUCCACUGCAUCCGAGGUAGUCUUGAGAUGUUCAGGGAAAUCGUUCAUCAAAGCCAGGGUACCUCAUAUAGGUGUCAAAGUUGCCACCAGAGUUAUCGAGACGCAAAGUCGUUAAAGAACCACAGAAGGAAGGUGCAUCGUAUUUUAGGGGAUGUGCCGGAGUCUGCAAAAAUGGUUGCUACAGACAUGGAACAGUCAGAGGUUAAGUCGGAGCCUCUCGAUGUUACUCUAUCUCCAAGUACGGCUCCUGAGACUGCAGUACAAUAAGCAAGCACCGAAGAUCAUUUCAGCACAAUGCUAGAUAGACUUGCACUUAGAUUGGAGGAAGAUAAAAUAAAAUUAAGGUAACUAGGUAAAGGUGGAGCCUGCUGAAUGUUAACAUUUCUUCAUAAUGUCAUUAUUAAGACAUAAUCAUUCUAGAGAAGAUUACCAAGUGAGAAUUGUUGUAGUGGUUGUAGCAGUUGCAUUACAAAGAUCUUUGGAUUUGAUGCCUCUAAAAACUGCUUUGCUCAAAGGUAUUACCUGUAACGUUGUUUUAUAUUUUGUUAUAAGCAGUUAGCCUAAAAUAAUGUUUUAAUCUGUUUGUGGCAGAGAGAUAUGUGUAGAGAGUUACAAUCUGAAAUAAAGGAUGCAGGAUUUUAUUGUUAAACCUGGGAGAAGUGGUGUUACUGUGAUGAGAAGAAAAAAAUAAACAUGCUGAAAUAUUGUAA